UCAACGCCCCGCCCCCUCCACCACUCCCGCGCCCAUCCUCACCACCACGCCCGAGCCGGUGCUUUCCUCACCGCCGUCCACACGCCCGCAUAAGAACAUGAAGCUCAGACCAGCCUACACACCCAUCCCCACGCCCGCCCCCUCCUACGGACGCGUGCCUGCCAGGGUGCCCGCGCGCCCCCUCUCGCGCCCUUCCACCACGACGCCCUACACGCCCGUGCGCAUCUCCACCACCACCGCCGCCGCUAUCACGACGUCACGACCCACCGCCCCCCCAUCCCGUGGCCCCGCCCGCAGACCCAAAUUCGAGCCAGCGAGAGUGGGCAGUAAGGGGCGCGCAAACCGCCCGUCGGUGACCGGGCGUCGCCCCACUUCUUUAGCCUCGUACCGCCCGCCCACGCCUACCACGGCUCCCACCACGACCACCCGCAGGCCUUACGACAGCCGCGUGCCUUCGGGCAGCGCGCCGCGCCGCCAGUACGUGCGGACGCACUCGGCGGCGAGACCCGACGAGGCGCCCGUGUACCGCACCUCCACCAAAGCGUACCGCGCACCCUCCUCGCUGUACCACGUACGCGCGCCCACCACAACCGUCACGGCGCCCGCGCAGCCGGACUUCAUACAGGCCGACCCCAACAUCUACGUCCCGCACGAGUACGACGAGGAGGCCAUCCCCGGCGAGGCGGGCAUCGACUUCCCCAACUACGACGAGGUCCCUGACACGUCCUUCACCUGCAACGCCCAGGAGCAUCCAGGACUAUACGCCGACACGGAAGCGCAGUGCCAGACGUUCCACAUCUGCCAAGAGGACGGGCGACAGGACUCGUUCUUAUGUCCCAACGGCACCAUCUUCAACCAACAGUACUUCGUGUGUGACUGGUGGUACAACUUCUCAUGCGAUCACGCCGCCAGGUUCUACUCACUUAAUGCCCUCAUCUACGAGCUGCCCGAGCCCGAGAAAUACGCCCGAAAAUAAUUUUGGCUUAUGCCCUCUCGGUUUAGCUUUUCCUCUUUUUUAUAUUUUGCCUGUAAAUUAUUACUUAUCGAUGCCAUGUUUUUAUACGCGAGGACUUGAGCUGUAAAAUAGUA